GGGGACCUUCACACGGUCCUAGACCUCGCAAAAGUUGCUGACUCCCUCCUGUUCCUCCUGGAUCCUGCGGAAGGCUGGGAUGACGCAGGGGAAUACUGCCUCUCCUGUCUCUUUGCACAGGGGCUCCCCACUUUCGCUCUCGCUGUCCCAGGGGGCACUGACUUACCACCCAAGAAGCGGAUAGAUGCCAAGAAGAAGCUUUCCAAAGCCAUUGAGAAGCGCUUUCCCGAGGCCAGGCUCUUCCCGCUGAACACGGAGCAGGAAUCCUCGCUGCUCCUCAGGCACCUCAGCACACAGAAGCAGCGGCACCUCGCCUUCCGCGCCCGGCGCGCUCACCUGCUUGCCCACGCUGCUGAGUUUGUGCCUGCUCAGGAGGGUGGCCUGGUUGGGACCCUGAAGGUGUCCGGCUUCGUGCGGGGACAGCCCCUCAACGUGAACAGCCUGGUGCAUAUCGUGGGGCAUGGAGACUUCCAGAUGACCCAGGUGGAUGCUCCUCCUGACCCCCUCUCUUUGAACCCCCGAGUGGUUAAAGGACAGAAGAGGAGUCAGGACAUGGAGGUGCAGGAUGACUCUGUAAAUGGGACUGAUGAGAUGGAGGAAGAUGUUAAGGUCCUGAUGAAGGCAGAUCCAAGCAAGCAGGAGUCUUUGCAGUCAGAAGUGGUUCCUGAUCCGAUGGAAGGGGAGCAGACAUGGCCUACUGAAGAAGAACUGCAAGAAGCAGAUGCUUCCCUGAAGGCAAACAGGAGGGUGGUGAAGGUCCCCAGAGGCACUUCCAAGUACCAGGCUGCCUGGAUUGUGGAUGAUGAAGAAGGCAGUGAGAAAGAUGAUGAUGAAGAUGAUGACGUUGAUGAUGAUAUGAUGGAAGAGGCAGUUUCCCAGGAGGGGGAAAGCAGUGGGGAGGAGGAGGAACCUGCAGAGGAGGAGUGCGAGACUAUGACCGUAUCCGAGAGCUUGCGGGAUGACCAGUACGAUGAGAAGGUGGAGGAAGAUGAGCAGAUGCUGGAGAGAUACAAACAGGAGAGGAUGGAUGAAAUGUUUCCGGAUGAGGUGGACACACCACGGGACGUUCCUGCCAGGAUCCGGUUCCAGAAGUACAGGGGGCUGAAGAGCUUCCGGACUUCUCCAUGGGACCCCAAAGAGAAUCUCCCAAGGGAUUAUGCCAGGAUUUUCCAGUUCCAGGACUUCUCCCGGACCAGAAAGCACCUCUUCCGGCAAAUAGAGAAAGAGGAGACUGAAGGAGCAUCGGUUGGCUGGUACGUUACACUUCACCUCUGCAAUGUCCCUAUCUCAGUGAUGGAGAGUUUCAAAGAAGGGAAGCCCUUAGUCCUGUUCUCGCUUCUUCCACACGAACAAAAGAUGUCUGUGCUGAAUUUCCUGGUGCGCCGGCACCCGAGCAACAACGAGCCAGUGAGGGCAAAGGAGGAGCUGAUCUUCCACUGCGGGUUCCGGCGCUUCCGAACCUCCCCCCUGUUCUCCCAGCACACCUCAGCUGAUAAGCACAAGCUGGAGCGUUUCCUGCGCCCGGAUGCUGCCAUGGUGGUGACUGUUUAUGCUCCCAUCACCUUCCCUCCUGCUUCAGUGCUUCUUUUCAAACAGAGAAGUAACGGUAAGCUGCUGGGGAGUGGCUCUGCCUUGCAGGAAUAUCUGCUCUCUGUGGACCCCGACAGGAUUGUCAUCAAGAGGCUGGUGCUCAGUGGCCACCCCUUCAAGAUCUUCACUAAGAUGGCUGUUGUGAGAUACAUGUUCUUCAACAGAGAGGAUGUGAUGUGGUUUAAGCCAGUGGAGCUGAGGACAAAGUGGGGCCGUAGAGGACACAUCAAGGAGCCACUGGGGACCCACGGGCACAUGAAGUGCCAGUUCGAUGGACAGCUCAAGUCCCAGGACACGGUCCUGCUGAACCUCUACAAGCGUGUUUUUCCUAAGUGGACUUAUGACCCCCACGUUCCGGAGCCUGUGCCCUGGGUGAGGAGCCAGAGCACACUGCCAGUGCAGGAGGUGGACAUGGAGUAA